CAGGACAGGGCGGGCGUCCGUGCGAGUAUAAACGCGGGCGCGCCUCGGCGGGGCAGCUGCACCUGGACUGUGGAAGUGUCGGACUGUCCACCGGAUUUCCUGGCACCUGCUUGUGCGGAAUUAGCGGCAGAGACGCAGCUCCUCGCGUUUGUGCGCUCGGAUCCUCCGAGCUUGAAAUAAGGCCAGCUGGCGGAUCAAUGCUCAGCCGUCGACUGGCAUCCUCCCUCGCACCGGCUCUCUCUCGCCCGGACAAGCCAGCCCUCUCAGCCACCUGCAGGCGAUCCUCCGUCCCGCCUUCCUUUUCUCAGCGACCACCAUCUCGCAACAUGUCCGCCUUCAAGCAGGUAACCAUCCCCGGGCCCAUCGAGUGCGCCGAUGAGGUCCUCUACGCCAAUGCCCACCCCUCCUUUGUUCAAGUCAUCGGCGACUGCAUACGCAUGACCCGCGAGGUCUUCUUCUCCACCACCGGCCAGCCAUUCCUCAUUGCUGGCUCCGGCACGCUAGGUUGGGACCAGGUUGCUGCUAACCUGACCGAACCCGGCGAGUCAGUUCUGUUGCUGAACAGUGGGUACUUUGGAGAUAGCUUUACGGAAUGUUUCCGAACAUACGGGGCAGAAGUAGACGAAGUCCGUGCCGACUUUGGGACAGCAGCGAACCAGAGUGACAUAGAGAAGGCAUUGAAGGCGAAGAAGUACAAGAUCGUCGCCUUCACCCAUGUAGACACGUCUACAGGUGUCCUCUCCGACGCGAAGGCAAUCGCAGAAACUGUCAAGAGAGUAUCGCCUGAGACCCUUGUCGCUGUAGAUGGCGUGUGCUCCGUAGCGAGCGAAGAGAUCCUCUUCGAUCAGUGGGGACUCGACGUUGUGCUCACUGCCAGCCAGAAGGGACUUGCCACGCCGCCCGGUCUGAGCAUUCUCAUUGCGAGCCCAAAAGCUAUCAAUGUCUUCGAGGCGCGCACACGCCCACCGGCAUCUUACUACGCAAGCUGGAAGAAGUGGCUGCCAGUCAUGAAGUCCUACGAGAGCGGUGCUGCGGCUUACUUCGCCACGCCGCCUGUGAACCUCAUCUAUGCGUACCACGCCUCGCUAACGCAGCUCACGAAGCAGAAGCCGACCCUCCAAGAGCGGUUUGCGCUCCACCGGAAGGCGAGCCAACGCAUCAAGGACGAGUGCGCGGCGAUCGGUCUCAAGCAGCUGCCGCUUGACCCGUACUACGCGGCAAAUGGAAUGACUGCAGUGUACUUCCCCGAUGGCCUGAAGGCACCGGAUGUUAUUCCGCGCUUGCUGAAGAAGGAUGUUGUCGUCGCCGGCGGCCUGCACAAGUCGAACAAGGAGAAGUACUUCCGUAUCGGGCACAUGGGUGUCACAGUCGUGAACGAGGAGCGCGGGGACGUCGACAAGAUCAUCACGGCAGUGAAGGAGAGCAUCUCGGAGGCGUUGGCGGAAGCCGGCAUCAAGAAAGCGUGAGAGAGCAGUAAUACAGUUGUACGAUGAGCGAAUGAAUGCUGAACCGAGACCACCCUUCGUGUCCGUGACGUGCUCCCCGCUGUCCGUUGCGAUUCCUGCACAGUUCUUCGGAGGUUCCUCGGCCGCGCGCUCGUCUAUAGGUUCGCGUCUCGACCUUAGGCCCCGUCUCGAAAAGCUUAAAGGGCGCACCCCGGUGAAACGGGCGCCGAAAAUAAGUGCUGUCGGUGAAGAAAAUGGUCAGCUUGAGUGCCACGCUGCUCCUGUGAAAAGUAUCGACCACGUCUAAUGUAAUGGACCUCAAUGUACAUAUGGGUUAAUCUGCGCACUCGUACUUCAUACGAAC